AUGAGAGCAGUUCUCCCGGGCACCCAUCACAGCGGCGCCACACUCGCCUCUACAGCGGCGCCACACUCGCCUCUACAGCGGCGCCACACUCGCCUCUACAGCGGCGCCACACUCGCCUCUACAGCGGCGCCACACUCGCCUCUACAGCGGCGCCACACUCGCCUCAACAGCGUCAUCACACUCGCCUCUACAGCGGCGCCACACUCGCCUCGACAGCGUCACCACACUCGCCUCUACAGCGUCACCACACUCGCCUCUACAGCGGCACCACACUCGCCUCAACAGCGGCGCCACACUCGCCUCUACAGCGGCGCCACACUCGCCUCUACAGCGGCGCCACACUCGCCUCAACAGCGGCGCCACACUCGCCUCUACAGCGGCGCCACACUCGCCUCUACAGCGGCGCCACACUCGCCUCUACAGCGGCGCCACACUCGCCUCUACAGCGUCAUCACACUCGCCUCUACAGCGUCACCACACUCGCCUCUACAGCGUCACCACACUCGCCUCUACAGCGGCACCACACUCGCCUCUACAGCGGCACCACACUCGCCUCUACAGCGUCACCACACUCGCCUCUACAGCGUCACCACACUCGCCUCUACAGCGGCACCACACUCGCCUCUACAGCGUCACCACACUCGCCUCUACAGCGUCACCACACUCGCCUCUACAGCGGCACCACACUCGCCUCUACAGCGGCGCCACACUCGCCUCGACAGCGUCACCACACUCGCCUCUACAGCGGCACCACACUCGCCUCUACAGCGUCACCACACUCGCCUCUACAGCGUCACCACACUCGCCUCUACAGCGGCACCAUACUCGCCUCUACAGCGUCACCACACUCGCCUCUACAGCGGCGCCACACUCGCCUCUACAGCGGCGUCACACUCGCCUCUACAGCGGCGCCACACUCGCCUCUACAGCGUCACCACACAACAUUUCUACGCUAGUUCGAUCACGGCGUUUACUGCCGUUUUACGCACGUAA